UGCUAUUACAUUCAUGUCAUAAAUGUUAUUGUUAUUUUUAUUUUUACUAGGCAAGAAGUGUGAUGUUUAUAAAUUAUCUGAAUUACAUGAUAAAAUUGGAGAGGAAUGUAUUGUAAUAGGCACACUAUUUAAACAUCAAGAACUAAAACCUAGUAUUUUAAAGGAAAUUAGUGAAGAAAACAAUUUGAUACCUCAACCGCCUAGAACUCAUUUUGUUUCCGAUACAGAUGAAGUCAUAUUGGAAGAUGAAUUACAAAGAGUGCCUUUAACAUUUGAUGGAUUGAAUGACAAUAGUUUAUCCUUAAAUAAUAUUAUGACUGGAUGUAUUAUAGCAGUAAAAGGUAUCCCUCAUGAUGGUGGAAAAUUUGAUGUAAUGGAUUUUUGUUGGCCUACACCAUCAGCUGUUUCUAAAAAACUCACUACUCGUAGUUCAAGAGAUGAUAGGUUUCUUGUAUUAAUAAGUGGCUUAGAAUUAGCUACUAAUGUUGCUACUCAUUUCCAAAUACAAUUAUUUGUGGAUUGGAUAUAUGGUUUACUGGGUGAUAAAAAAGAAAACUGUAAAGUCUCGAAAAUUGUCCAAGUUUUAAUAGCUGGAAAUAGUAUACGUAGUACUCCUAUGAAAAAGCCAAAUUACCGUGACAAGAUUGACGAUUUUCCUAGAGACAUUCAAGCAAUUAAGCAGUUAGAUGACCUUUUAUUUCAAUUAGCUUCAACCGUUGAUGUCCAAAUUAUGCCUGGAGAAUUCGACCCAACAGAUAGAACAUUACCUCAACAAGCAUUCCACAAAUGUUUAUUUCCCAAAGCAGCUGAAUUUUCAAGUUUACACAGAGUAACAAAUCCAAAUCAGUUUGAAAUUGAAGGCCAUCUUAUAAUUGGAUCAUCUGGACAAACUGUGCAAGAUAUUUUGAGAUUUUCUAACUUAGAAGAUCC